GAGAUGAUGGAAGGCCAAGCAGUGCAAGCAUCUUUGUUGGUGGUUUUGUCUUGGGAGGAGUCAUAGUUGGUGCACUGGGAUGUGUAUUCGCUUCUCAGAUCAGCAAUGCACUAGCUGGAGUCAACAGAAGAAAUAUAAUGAAGAAACUGCCCAAAUUCAUAUAUGAUGAAGAAAAAGCUUUGGAAAAAAAACGUAAGAUACUGUCUGAGAAGAUUUAUCAACUAAACUUAGCUAUUGAUGAGAUUUCUGCUCAGAUCCGAUCUGAAGAUGCCCCAAAUAGAGUUCCUGUCAACUCCAAUGAAGUAGAAUCUACUGUAUGAAUUCUGUUUUAUUUUAAGUUGUGCUAUUACUGAUCGUUGGUUUCCUUGUAAGGAAGUAAUUAUUGUAAUGUUCUCCAAAUUCUCCUCAAUGAACAGUGUACUACUCUCUGAAUGUUGCAGAUAUUGGAUGAAUAUACAUAUUCUGCCUUGAACUGUGAUGUUGUCUUAUCCUUUGCAUCUGCUGCACUCUCUAUUCCAACCACACAUUCCUUGAAUUCACUUGCAACGAUAAUAUACACGAAGGAAAAAACGAAAUUCAAUCAACUGUAUAAAUACUUGGGGAAGGUGGUUUUUGGUUCUGGUUGCAGCCAUGGCCACUCACGCAGGUCUAGCUCCUUCAAGAAUCCCCACAGGCACCAAGAUUCCAUCUAAGAGCAGCUCCUUCCCAACUCAAUGCAUUUCUAAGAGGCUGGAAGUAGCUGAGUUUUCUGGUCUCCGUUCCAGCUCUUGCGUGACAUAUGCUACAAACGCCAGAGGAACUUCAUUUUCUGAGGUGGUUGCUGCUCAGCUUACUCCUAAGACAGUAGCAUCAACUCCUGUCAGGAGAGAAACAGUUGCCAAAUUGAAGGUUGCAAUCAAUGGAUUUGGACGCAUUGGCAGAAACUUCCUUCGGUGCUGGCAUGGCCGGAAAGACUCACCUCUUGAUGUGGUUGUUGUCAAUGACAGCGGUGGUGUCAAGAAUGCUUCACACUUGUUGAAAUACGAUUCAUUGCUUGGAACUUUCAAAGCAGAAGUCAAAAUUGUGGACGAUACCACCAUUAGCGUUGAUGGCAAGCCAAUCAAGGUUGUCUCUAACAGGGACCCUCUCAAGCUUCCAUGGGCUGAUCUUGGCAUUGACAUUGUCAUUGAGGGAACAGGAGUUUUUGUGGAUGGCCCUGGAGCUGGGAAGCAUAUUCAAGCCGGUGCUAAGAAAGUUAUCAUCACUGCUCCAGCAAAAGGUGCAGACAUUCCAACUUAUGUUGUUGGUGUCAACGAAGGUGAUUACUCUCACGAGGUCUCAAACAUCAUAAGUAAUGCCUCUUGCACCACAAAUUGUUUGGCUCCUUUUGUAAAAGUCAUGGAUGAAGAAUUGGGAAUUGUCAAGGGAACAAUGACAACCACCCAUUCAUAUACUGGAGAUCAGAGACUCUUGGACGCUUCACACCGUGACUUGAGGAGAGCUAGGGCUGCAGCGUUAAACAUAGUCCCAACAAGUACCGGUGCAGCCAAGGCCGUCUCUCUUGUGCUACCCCAGCUCAAGGGCAAGCUCAAUGGUAUUGCACUCCGCGUACCAACUCCAAAUGUUUCAGUUGUUGACCUUGUUGUGAAUGUUGAGAAGAAGGGGAUUACAGCUGAAGAUGUCAAUGCUGCAUUUAGAAAGGCAGCUGAGGGGCCAUUGAAGGGCAUAUUGGCCGUCUGUGAUGUUCCUCUCGUGUCAGUGGACUUUAGAUGCAGCGAUGUUUCUUCUACCAUUGAUUCUUCACUAACCAUGGUUAUGGGAGACGACAUGGUUAAGGUGGUGGCCUGGUAUGACAAUGAAUGGGGAUACAGCCAAAGGGUCGUUGAUUUGGCACAUCUUGUAGCAAGCAAGUGGCCUGGCAUGCCUGCUGCAGGAAGUGGUGAUCCCUUGGAGGACUUCUGCGAGACAAACCCUGGUGAUGAAGAAUGCAAAGUUUAUGAAGCUUAGAUCAUUCCAGUUUUCUUGUCACUAUGUCAGGAUGAAUGCUAUAAUGACCAGGUUUUCGCAGAUGCUUAUUUUGUAAUGAUAGUUGAUUCAUCAUGAACAGAAUAAUCUUUUGAAAUAGCCAAUGCAAUUAAUGCGAUUGCUUCUA